AUGCCAUAUCCAAUCCACCAACCCAGACCACCGAAUGAUUGCGCCAUUCCUUCACUACCACACAAAGCGCCUUCACUCAUUACACAUCACAACAAAGAACACAAGGACCCUGUCCACCUACCGUACCAUCUACUGCUGCCACCAUCAGAAGACAUGAACUCGAGCAGGAAGUUCUCCUACGCCUCGGUGAAGGAAGAGUCUGGUGAAGGUCUACCACAGUCAUUCGAAUCGUCCCUCUCCAGCCACGAUCUCGAGGAAGUCGAAUGGAUUGCCUGGCCAUGUAGCCAAUGGUGCAAGACGAAGGGGUUGUGCUCGUUCCAUUUUGGAGGAUCACACGAAGACCAUAUCCGUACCAGACUUGAAGGCUAUGCCCGGACCAAUCCCAAGAAGCUAGAGAAGAUUCUCGACGAGUUGGACAAGAGGAGGUCGGCCCAAAAGCUCUUCAACUUGCCCUUUGCCAAGGAGAUUACUCGAUUCCAUCCCAGAGCCGCCAGUUUCAGUCUGGAAAUCUGGAGAGAGAAGGUUCGGGAGUCCAUUGGCGUACGAGAUGUCGCAGAAACAGCCAACGAUAACGCCAUCUUGGAUGAUUCCGAUGAUGCUCUGUCACUCGCAGAGACCUCGGAUGAUCAGACAGUCUCAUAUCUCGAAAGCAUGCCAGAGGAAAUCCUGGAGCUCAUCUUCUCGUAUGUCACAGUUGAUCAUACUGCCGACCCCUACGCUCGCCCUCAUGUCGACCUCGCUUCCUGCUCUCUUACCUCAUCCAAGCUCCACUAUGCUGCACUACGCGUCAUGUAUCGACAUGUCUCCAUUCCUCAAUCAAAAGCUUUCUCCAAAUUGAUGCGAAGCCUCAGCAGCGACAAGACCCUGGGUGAGAUGGUGCAAUGGCUGGAUUUCUCCCACUACUCCAACAUGGGCUUCGGCAGUGCUAGGACCACCCGAAAUCAGACUCCAUACCUUACACCCACCACCCUGAAAGCUUGCCUAGAUCUUCUACCAAAUCUCCAGGCCUUCCUUGUUCAUGAGCACAUCGACGAUGAACUUGACGCCGAUCUUAUUGCUAAGCUCUUCAACAUGCCACUCAUGUCAGCUUUGGACUUCUGUGCUUGUUCCUCACGCCCAUUCACCGAGGCAUUUACACGUGUUUGCAUGAGCAUGGGUAGCGAGCCCUUGGUCAAUCUGAAGGGCCUCUCCCUCCACGAAUGUACCACCUUGCAAGAACCCGUUCUUGAAGCCUUGCUUCCAAGACUCAGUAAUCUCACCCACCUGGAUGUUGCUCACACCCUCAUCAACAGCUCGGCUUUGGUAUCCAUCCCGCACACGGCCAGAAUCACACAUCUGAACCUUGAGAGAUGCACACGGUUGCGAGGAUCUGAUGUGGUGAAAUUCCUCACCACUCAUCCUGCGGUCAAGGAUAGCAUCGUCUAUCUAAACCUUGCUGCUGAUCCUUCUCGGCAUCGACUCCUCUCUGAGACCGAUAUCACAAAUCUCUUGGCCAAUCUACCCCCUACUCUUCGAUCCCUCAACUUGAAUGGAGCGAGAGUCAAUGCAAACCACAUUCCAGCACUACGUCGCUUGACUACCCAUGUUGAGGAGCUAGGCCUUCGUGGUGCGAACCUCAGUCUUGGUUCCGAUAUUAAGCGUCUAUUCAAGGCAGAGGAUGAUGAUACCGACUCCGACACGAGCUCUGUCUCGGACGAAGAGGAUUCUGAUCUCGAAUCCAACAUUCCAUCGACCUGUAGUCUGCGCUACAUUGACUUAACUGACAUCCAAUCAGUUACCCAAAUGUCACUGUCCUACUCCCCAUCAUCACUUACUGGCCGCGAUACCUGCCCACUUGAGGUCAUUGAGUUAGGCUCAGAUGUUCUCCAGGAGAUCAAGCGUCGCAAUGUCCAUGUCAAGAAACCUGAAUGGGUUGUGAAGGAACUUGGUCGCAGAGGCUGGUAUGUCCGCCAGCCAAUCGAAUCCACGACCCAACCAGCAGUUGUAGACGACGGCUCAAGGCCCUGGAAGAUGGGUGCUCGCUGGUGGGGAAUGCGCAAAAUUCCUCUGGUCGAACAGGACGUGGGUGGCAUGUAUGGCUACUUCAUGUUCAAACGAUCCUGA